CGAAUCUUCUUAAACAGUUUUAAGAUGUUGCGGAGAUAAAGAAAUGUUCGAUUCGAGUUCUCAAAUAUGCUGUGAAUAUGGCGGGAAAUUCAAAGUUGCCCCAUCGCAGAACAGAGACUGUUGUCUUGAGAGAGAUUACGAUUUUAGAGAGGAGCAGUGUAUGGAUGGCCGUGUUAUUGGCUUUGAUCAGCACAUUUGCGGUACAGAAACGUAUAACACAUCAGAGAAGACAUGCUGCGAUGAGACACUGCACGACAUUCCUCCCUACCCGUCUGAUUGUUGUGGGAGUCAGUUGUAUAACAGAAUUGAGCAAAAGUGUUGUAAAGGACCUAGGAUUCCUGUUCCAAGAAAUCGGGAAUGUUGCGGCGAAGGUCAUAUAAACCCAGAUACUCAUAUGUGCUGCAAUAAUGUUGGUCACUCAAAAGUUCAGAACACAAAGUGCUGUGGAGUUGAAAGAAUCAAUGAGCUAGAGGAAGGGUGUUGUAGAGCUAAGUCUUUCAACUUGUCCAUCCACCGGUGCUAUAAAGAUGAAAACAUUAUAAAUCUGAACCAGACUGAAAAUUCUUACCAUGGUAUGGCAAUUGCUGCUUUGUCUCGCUUGAUAUUUCUGCUUGGAAAAUUCUUUUAA